CAGGAGACCCUGGCGGAUGGACAGACCUGCCUGAUCAUAUCCUUUGCAUCAGUGUUUCUUUGUAGAUAAGUGAACGUGGCAUGGAAUUACCAGGGAAAUCACACUCCUUUGUCCCCCAUUUCUGCCUCUCUGAGUUACUGAGCAUCAGUGGAGACAGGAUCAUUACCUGUAGGCCAUCUGUUAAUCCAAAACAACCUGUAUGGCCCAGUCCUUUUCAUGGCACACUGGCCUGGGUGCUGUGCUAAUAUUGGCCCAAAUUCUAGGGUCCCUAAUUGAUCCAAAAACCCUUCCCCUGACACCUUUCAUCCGAAACACCAGUCAUGCUUUACAACUCCAUGCAUGGCUGGGGCAGAGUGGAACUGGACCACUCCGCCCACCACCGCAGGUGGAAGAGAGUCUUUCUCAAGAGGCGAGUGACAACACACAAUGGCCCAGGACAGAGACUGGUGGGAGGAUCCAGGGUUGAGCUGAAAUGGCAGGAGGAAUUUUAAGGAGGCAGAACACCUGGCUCCUAACUGAUUCUGGAUGUGAAUGGAGGCUCCAGAAGGAAGCCCAGAGGCUGAGCAGCUGGUGGCUGCUGCAGGUUCAGAGAAAGAGAGAGAGAGCUCAGCGUCCUGCCUUUCUGGCUGCUCUAGAGGAUUUGUGUCUCUGUUGGCCAUUCCUUGACCGUGAGCUGUAUGCGGUACAGGGUAUCCUGGCCAGCGAGGAGAGUGUGGAGAGCCGGCUUCUGGGCCUCGUGCGGACCCAUGGAGAGCAUGCGCUCUUCCUGUACACUCAUCGGCGAAUGGCUAUAACAGCUGAGGAUGUCUGCUUGGAGAGAGUUGUGCCCAUCACAGAAGGAUUUGCAGCAGAAGAAGUUACACCUGACAGUGACCUUCAUAUCAUUGGUUCUGAUGUGACUGUCCGGAUAAGCUCGGAAGAUGCUCAGCUGGUGGUGCGAUUGCCUUUUGGGUCCCAUACACGCAUGUUCCUACAGGAGAUCAGCAGGUGCCGCCCAGCAGUUGUGGGGUCUGAAGACAUCAAUGAGAAUGAAAACAAUCUCGUAGUUAAUCAUAGCUGGAGCCAUAACAGUGAUAAUAAAGCUACCCCUAGACAGAGUAAAUCCAAGAUGGAUGUAACCACUGAGAUGGUGCGAUCCUCUAGCGGGAUGGUUACAGACAACGCUUGUAUCUUAUCAGAGCAGAAUUUUGGGCUAAGAGAUACUAUAGUUAAAUCUCAACUGGUACUGAAAGAGGAUUCCUAUACCUAUCUCCAGAAUUUCAGGUUUUUUAUUGGAACGUACAAUGUGAAUGGCCAGUCGCCCAAAGAGAGCCUCCUGCCUUGGCUGAGCCGUGAUGCUGAGCCUCCGGAUGUUUACUGUGUUGGCUUCCAGGAGCUCGAUCUGAGUAAAGAAGCCUUCUUUUUCAAUGACACACCGAAGGAGGAAGAAUGGUUCAAAGCUGUAACUGAUAGUCUUCACCCAGACGCCAAAUAUGCAAAGGUGAAGCUUGUACGACUUGUUGGGAUGAUGCUGCUGUUAUACGUGAAGGCAGACCAUGCUCUGAAUAUCUCCGAGGUGGAAACUGAGACAGUGGGGACUGGAAUCAUGGGGCGAAUGGGUAACAAAGGUGGAGUUGCUAUACGGUUCAAGUUCCACAACACCAGCGUGUGCAUUGUGAACUCUCACCUCGCAGCUCAUACAGAGGAGUACGAGCGGAGGAACCAAGACUUCAAAGACAUCUGCUCUCGGAUGCAGUUCUGCCAGUCGGAUCCAAACUUGCCACCCCUUACUAUAAACAAACACGAUGUCAUCCUGUGGCUUGGGGACCUCAACUACAGGUUAGAGCCGCUGGGGUUGGAAAAGAUGAAGAUGCACAUUGAAAAGGAGGAGUUUCAAGAUCUUUAUCAAUAUGACCAGUUGAAGAAGCAGAUGGACGCGAAGGCUGUCUUUGAUGGCUUUACAGAGGGAAAGAUUACCUUCCAGCCAACCUACAAAUAUGACACUGGCUGUGAUGACUGGGACACUAGUGAGAAGUGUCGUGCCCCAGCAUGGUGUGAUCGGAUCCUCUGGAAAGGGAAGAAUAUUUCUCAGCUGAGCUAUCGCAGCCACAUGACUUUGAAAAACAGUGACCAUAAGCCAGUGAGCUCCAUUUUUGACAUUGGGGUGAAGGUUGUGAAUGAGGAGCUGUACCGAAAAGCCUUUGAGGAAAUAGUGCGCUCAUUGGAUAAAAUGGAGAAUGCCAGCAUCCCGUCGGUGAUCCUUUCCCAGAGGGAGUUCUUCUUCGAGGAUGUGAAGUACAUGCAGCUGCAGGUGGAGACCUUUACUAUCCGUAAUGGACAAGUGCCUUGCCAGUUUGAAUUCAUCAACAAACUGGAUGAAGACAACUACUGCAAAGAGUGGCUGAUUGCAAACCCCAGUAAGGGCUUUCUGUUACCAGAUUCUGAAAUGACUAUCGAAUUGGAACUGUUUGUUAAUAAAUCAACAGCUACACGUUUGAACUCCGGGGAAGAGAAACUCGAAGACAUUCUGAUUUUGCACCUUGACAGGGGGAAGGAUUAUUUCCUGUCUGUGAUGGGAAAUUACCUGCCCAGCUGCUUUGGGUCUCCAAUCCAGACACUGUGUUACAUGAGAGAACCUAUCCGGGACAUGUCAGCAGAGUCCAUUCGAGAACUGACCCUGCUGCCGCUACAGAUGAGUGAUGACAUUUUUCGGGAUGAGAAGCCCCUGGACAUCCCCAAAGAGCUGUGGAUGAUGGUGGAUCAUCUGUACCGCAAUGCUUCCCAGCAGGAAGACCUGUUUCAGCAACCAGGCCUAAGAUCUGAAUUUGAGCAGAUCCGAGACUGCUUGGAUACAGCAAUGCUCGAUACACUCCUCGGCAGCAACCAUUCAGUAGCUGAGGCCCUGCUGUUGUUCCUGGAAAGCCUGCCAGAGCCUGUUAUCUGCUACAGCCUCUACAACAACUGCUUGCAGUGUGCCAGCAAUUACACGCUGAGCCGUCAGGUUGUCUCCAUGCUGCCCAUGUGCCAUAAAAAUGUGUUUAACUAUCUGGUGGCGUUUUUACGGGAACUACUGAAAAAUUCAGGGAAAAACCACUUGGAUGUGAAUAUUCUCGCUAGUAUAUUUGGUGGCUUGUUGCUGCGACCUCCUCCCCAACAUCCUACACCUGAUGUAACUGAGAAGAGGAAGGCUCAGCAAUUCAUCGAGCAGUUCCUCUUGAGAGAAGGCAACUCUCCAUGAAUUCUAGAUGCAGCUAAUCUGUUUUUUAGAUAAAGCUAUUAAGUUACUGUAAAAAUAUUUUUGUACCGAGCGUAGCACCUUCAGAAUGUUACAGUAUUUUAUUCAGAGUACAAUCUAUUGAUAUUAAAUACAGAUCAGACAUGUAGAACCAGUUUUCACUGUAUUAAGUUGUAAAAAAUAUUGAAUUUCUAAAUAAGUUUGAUAAGACACAGAGCACUGACAUUUUAUACUGUAUUUUAAUUAUUUAACUUGUAAUAAAACCUCAAUUUUAAA